AUGGGCGUCAGUACUGUAGACGGAAUGGCGAGCGGGAUCGAGGGUUCUUCGGAUGCUGGGCACCUUGGCACGUUGGACAUCACCGUUUCUGACCCGCAGAAGCGGACUGGGGACCAAGGGUCGUACGUGAGUUACCAGAUCUCUACAAAGACGCAAGGUGCGCGCAUCGUCGUGGUGCAUAGACGGUUCAGCGAUUUGCAGUUGUUGCACGACUACCUUGCCGAGGAACACCCCACGUGUGUGGUGCCGCCUCUCCCGGAGAAGAAAGUGCUUGUGUCGAUCACUAGUGACCGGUUCAGCCAGCGGUUUACAGCGAAACGGUGUCACAGUCUGCAGAAUUUCUUGAGGCGGGUCGCUGCACAUGAGGCUCUGUCUCGGAGUGAUUUGUUGCGGUCGUUUCUGAUGCGGGAUGAGGAGUGGGACCGAGCGAAACGGUCGUUGGUGUCGAGGCAGGCUGCUGGUGGUGGUGGUGCUAGACGUGAGGAGGUCACUGAUGCGUUCAUGAACGCUUUUAAGAGUGUGCACGCGCAGAGCGACGAGUGUGUGGAGGUCCGUGAGCGGAACGACCGGCUGGACCGUACCGUUGGGCGGCUGGACCGUACUUUCCACAAAGUUGUCAAGAGGAACGACGUUCUUGUGGACGACCUUGCCCGGCUUGGCACACAUGUAGCUGAGUUGCGUGAACUGGAGGGCACACAUACCUCUGGGAAGCAAUGGCAGACAUUCAACGAGGCAUUGACGCGGCUUUCUUACGGUGUGAGUGAUUUGAACAAGUACUUGGACUACGAGUUGCUUGUUGAUCUGAGGGAUUUGGAACAUUACAUUGACAGUCUACGGCAGCAAUUAAAAUUGAAGGAUCAGAAACAGAUCGAUUACGAACAAUUGAGCGAGUACUUGACGAAAGCGGUACGAGAACGUGACCAACUGAUCGCCGGGUACGGUGGCCACAAUUUUUUUACGAACAAGUUAGAAGAGUUCGCUGGUGUGAACCAGGAGGCCGCGCGGAGGGAGAAGAUUACUAAACUGGAGGGCAAGAUAUCGUCACUUGGUGGAGCACUUGAGAGUGCGAAACAGGUAGCGGAUGCGUUUGAACUGGAGACUCUGCGGGAGGUUGCCCAGUUCGAGCGGGUCCGCACGCAGGAACUGAAACGGUCUCUGGGAGAACUUGCCGACCACCACAUUGAGUUUUACGAGCAGAUGCUCGAGACGUGGACCGCCGUGGACGCGGAGCUGGGGGGGUAG